GAGAGAGAGAUAGAGAGAGAGAGAGAGGACGGGAAGGCUGAGGGAACGGCCAUGGCGGAGGUGGCGGCGGAGGUGAGGCAUAUGCCGAUGCGGGUGCGGAUAUUCGUGGGGGGAUUGGGGGAGAGGGUGACGGAGGAGGAGCUGAGGAGCAUCUUCGAGUCUAAGAACCUCGGGAGGGUUGAGGGAGUUGACAUCGUACGGACCAAAGGCCGCAGCUUCGCCUACUGCGACUUCGUCCCUUCCUCCUCCGCUUCCCUCUCCAAGCUCUUCAGCACGUACAAUGGGUGUGUUUGGAAGGGAGGACGGCUGAAACUUGAGAAGGCGAAAGAACACUUUCUUCUUCGCUUGGAACGCGAGUGGGAAGAAGAUGCUGCAAUGUCUCGUUUACUUAAUGAUGCUUCUGGUGCAGAUGAAGUCCCCGAGCAGCCACAAAAGCCCAAGAAGUCUUUUAAUCCCAAAAGCGAAAUUCAGAUAUUCUUCCCCAGAUUAAGGAAGGUGAAAACGUUGCUGCUGAAAGGAACGGGCAAACAUAAAUACAGCUUCCAGCGCGUAGAACCUCUUCCGUACCCGAAGCAUUUCUGCGACUGUGAAGAGCAUUUGGGUCCAUCAUCCUUGCCCUCGAUAGAGCAACGAAUUCCUAAGCCUGAAGCGCUUGAUGGUGGGAUAGAUGCUAAGGAGUUUGAUCUGAUGAGGUCGGUCAUGAACAAGUUGUUUGAGAAGGAAAUGGGGUCAGCAACCGUGCAGGACGAAAAGAAACUUGCCGAGCAAGAAGUUGUCGAAGGCAUGAACAUUGAUGAACCUCAGCAGGAAGAUGCUGUGGAGGAAGACUCAGGGGAAGAUGAGGAUGGUCUUGUUAUCAACAUUGUUAGGAGUUCGAGAAGUACCAGACCUAAGAUGAAUAAGAUAGAGGACGAGAUGUCAAUACCAAAACGGCAAAAAUCAGAACUUGCUAGAGAUGAAAGUGGUAGAAAUUCGCUCAAGGUUCAGAAAAGCGAUAAGUUAUCUUUUGAAAAAAGUGUUAGACCUACUCCGGAUGUGAGUGGUGUUGGAGAAGAGCUAUCUUCUUUCUCUACUCAUAAGGAGAAGAAACCAAAAGAUCAGUCUGAGACUCGUGCGAAAUGGUCUCAGAGGUCCUCGUGGAGAGAACUUCUUGGUGAUAAGACGAAAAGUUCAUUCACCGUCUCUCACAUAUUAACAGGUUCUGGCUCUUCCAAGGAAGAGGAAAUAGGGCGUGACCAAGAAGAAUCUGGUGAUCAUGAGAGUGAAGAAUCUGACGAGCAUGAUGAUGAAGAAUCUGACGAGCAUGAGGAUGAAGAAUCUGCUGAGCAUGACGAUGAAGAAUCUGAUGGGCACGGUUCUUUGGACAAUGAAGAUCAUGAGUCCAAUAAACUCUCUGAUGUGGCCGAUUCUGUGGACAGUGAGGAUCAUGAGUUUGAUAAACACUCUGAUCUGGAUGAUUCUGUGGACUGUGAGGAUCAUGAGUUGGACAAACGGAACGUCUGUGUGGAAGCUGACUUGAAGGAAUCAAAUCCGGUCUUGGGAAGUAAGUCGGGAAGGGGCGCUAUGUGGCUUCAUAAAUCUUCAUGGACUCAACUUGUGGCUGAUAGUCAGAAUCAGUCAUUCAGUUUGUCGCGAAUUUUGCCACCAGACAGGAAUGAAGAGACGCAGGACUACCGAGAUGAUACUGCCGUUACCAACAACAAGCAGCGGGGAAAUGAACCUUCAAAUGCCUUGGUCAAUGGGAAGGAGGAAGCCCCAAUCACGUCAUCCUUAGGAGAGGAGCCAAAGAAUCUAAUCUUGCAGAGUUCAAUGGAAUCUAAUCCGGGAACCAGCCUCAAACGUGAGAAGAACGGAGUUGCAACUGCUGAAAAGGUGCCUCUUUGCAUUGGUGAAGAAUGCCUUUUCAUGAGAAGCUCAGCCUCGUUGCGGGACUGGGCCAAAAGUAAAGCGGCUCUUACUGGGUCUCGCAAGAGGAAGAAGAUAUAGAAGCGAGUGCCUGGAGAGACCUAAUGUGCGUAGGGUGAACCAUUGGUACCAUUUCCUCAUUGACCAUCAACGAAGUUGUCUCUGACUGAUACCGGAUACGAGCUGGUGUCUAUUCCGGAUUCAUUCUGAUAGGGAUUUAAACUGAAAUGCCGUCCCAAUGUGGAGGAGGAGACCUUUCUGUUGUAUUCUUUCUGUUAUCUGUUGAUCUCGAAUUUUGGCAUCAUCGAUAUCCAUAUUACACGCUAGCUCUAAACCACCUUGAAUAGCAAACCUUUUGAUGUUUACAA